CGGCUCCAGCCGGUAUAAAAUCUUCCAAGCUUCAGUAAGAGGAAGCAGACAGAGAGCUGGCACAUAGUACUUGAUCUAGCUAUCAUUUCAGUGUUUAUAAAUGGUUAAUGAAGUCAAACAUAAGCUAGAAACGCUAUAUUUGAGCAGUGAUUGUCACUCUUUCUCCUCAGAAGUGACUGAUGCUCAGAGCGAUGUCCUCCAGUGAACACUUCAACCGAGAAGCCUGCUAGCGCUCUUGCUUUUUGUUUUCUUUCAAUACCGAGUUUUCCUCAGUUUCUUCAACGUUUCGAAACGCCAGUGUGCAUCAUGACAGGAAUAAUGUCUGCCCUGAAGGGCUGCACGAGCCCCAAUGUGUACGAUGAGGUGCCAGACGGAGGCUGGGGUUGGCUGGUGGCUGCCGCCUUCUUCUUCGUGGAGGUUUUCACCUAUGGCAUCAUCAAGAUUUUUGGGAUCUUCCUCCAGGACCUCAUGACAGACUUUAAUGAAACCAACAGCAGAGUGUCUUGGGUCGUCUCCAUCUGUGUCUUUGUCAUGGCCUUCACAGCUCCUCUCUCCACGGUGAUGAGUAACCGCUUUGGCUAUCGGCCUGUCGUCAUGCUCGGUGGACUUCUGAUCAGCCUGGGUACAAUCACAACAGCCCUUACCAACUCCAUCCUUCAGAUGUACCUUACCAUGGGAAUCGUUGCAGGCCUGGGUUACUGCCUUACCUUCCUGCCUACAGUUACUAUCUUGUCGCAGUACUUCAGCAAGCGCCGUUCCCUCGUCACAUCCAUAGCCUCCACAGGAGAAUGCUUCUCGCUGCUAGCACUUGCGCCAGCUAUGAAUGCGCUGAAGGAGCAGAUCGGCUGGCGUAACUGCUUGAUCAUGAUUGGGGUUAUGCAGGCCUCAAUUAUUGUCUGUGGGGCUCUGCUAAAGCCAUUAGUCAUCAAACCCAAACCCGCCGCCUCAGAGGAUUCCACAUCCCCCCUUAAAGAACCUGAAUCCAAAUAUGACCUGGAGAAUGAAUUCACACGGACCUCUUUCGGCUCUGUGGACUCCGGGGUCCAGUCUGUCACCUCUUCCCAGAUCAAUCUGUCUGAGGGCCAGGAAUCUACAGAACAGGAGAAAAAAGCACUUAAGGAAAAGGAGGAAGAAGAAAAGGAGCCACCAGUGCUGCCUGACUCCCCACUCAGAAAGGAACUAGAAGACUCCAGCAUCUCUAGGCCCAAGUUGUUGGACUUCUCCGUGCUCAGAGACGCCAGCUUCAACUGCUACGCACUGUUUGGCCUGUUCGCCACUCUGGGCUUCUUCGCUCCGCAGCUCUACGUCAUUGAGCUGAGCGUGAGCCGAGGAGUGUCACGUGACCGCGCCACCUACAUGCUCUCGGCCAUGGCUGUGGCUGAGAUUCUAGGUCGUCUGUCCAUGGGUUGGGUGCUCAAUCGCAGGCCCAUCCGCAAAAUCUACAUUCUGCUGAUUUGCACGGUGCUGCUGUGUCCGGUGCUGGUCGCCUUCACCUUUGUCACUGAGUUCUGGGGGCUCAUGUCCUGCUCCUGUUUCUAUGGCUUCCUGCUGGGCACCGUGGCCUCCAGUCACAUCCCAAUGCUGGCUGAAGAUGACGUGAUCGGCAUUCAGAGAAUGUCAUCGGCUGUUGGCGUCUAUGUCUGUAUCCAGAGCUUUGCAGGACUGGCCGGUCCACCUUUAGGAGGUUUUCUGGUAGACAGGACUGACAAUUACGGAUCAGCCUUUUACUCCUGCACGGCUGGGAUGGUAGUUGGGGCUCUGUUUCUUGCACUGGUGCGUCCAGCCAAAACUGGCCUUUGCCUUUGGAGGAGGAGAAAUGACCAGCACACAACAGACAGAGACUCCAGCUCACAGGGUAGUGAGGAAGGCCCUGCUGACUUUGUAGAAAUGGACAUGGAGAUGGACAACAGUCCUGGAAAGAGCAAACCUUGGCCAGUUUGAAUACCACCUCACCUCAAGAGUAAACACACUUAUCCUCCACUUGAAUGAUCGCCCCAAAGGCUGCCAUACACAAACCCUGUGCAAACAGGGUAAAAAUCGAACUUUAUGUCAAUUAAAGAAGAGUUUGCUCACUCUUCAUUGCACUUUUUUGCUGACCACCCAAUCAUAAUCCCAAAAAAACAUGUUUACAUUCCUUGUGUCAUUAUUUAUUGAAAAGAAACACAAGUUUUGAGGUUCCUUUCCUGUCAUAUUGUGUACCGCGUACUAGUCUCUACAGAUAAACACACUUUUAGAGAGGACAAGAAUUAAACCCAUUAAGCAUUCAGUGCUAUUCCUCUCAUUUACCAAAGUCUUAGUGUGAAAUGCAACUUCACUCUUUAUUUCAUUAUUAUAUUGUUCACAAACCAUCAUCCCACUUUGACCACUUCUGUCUUUAACAUCGAAAAAAGAAACCUCAGGCUGUUUUGCUGCUUACAGUGAGGCCAUGAUGCAUGUAAAUUACACGAGGUUGCAUUCAGAGUUGAAGGUGAGACAGGUACUUAGCUGUCUAGUGUUUCGGGUUUCUAUGUCAUUCGCUUGCCUAUAGAUAACAGGUUUAAUAUUUAACUAAUAUUGCUAUUGCAAAUGGAAACUAAGAUGGCAACAUCUCAGCUUAGAUAUUAACGUAGCUCUGAUGAUAAAGCAGGACUUGGACCACUCGAUCUUCCAUUAAGAGUAACCCAUCGUCAGUCAGAACUGAAUGAAGGAUUACUUAUGCUGACCCAACAAUUCCUGCUCAGAGAUGUGGGCUGUCUAGAAACACCUUCAACAGUUUCUUAUGAAAAAAUAUGGCUAUAGAAUCUCAUGUUAUGGGUGUAAGUUGAAGUGCGCCGUCUGUGCCUUGUCAAAGAAUUCUGCGGAAUUCCGAAGAGCGUUUGUCUUGAAACAGCAAGCUUAAAGGGCCGUUCGCAUAGAACGCGUUCUUUCUUUUUAAAACAAGACGUGCGUUUCAAGACAGUUGUCUAUCGCACGUUCACUUAAAAAAAACAGCAUAGUAGAACGGGAAAAUAAAUGAAUAAAAUCGGCGAAUGGAAAAUAAUGCGUAAAUCGUGAGUCCGAAAUUCUGUUCAAUUAACACGGAGGGAGUCUCCACUUCACGUUCUUUUUUUAAACCUUUAAAUUUCAGUUACAAGAUCGUUCUGAUGGUACACUGACUUUUAAUAAGGCGUCUGUUCUGAGUGUCUGUAUGUUUGGUGCGCGGGUACGAAAUUCCGUGAAAAGAGCGCAUUUGUGUACAGCAGCAAUAAAUGCACGUGUACAGCUAUACAUUGGUAUUACUACACUGAUAUGUACACAGUGGUGAAUUCCACUCAACUUUAGGGGGUUCCAAAGUCGCAAUAAAAUAAAAAAAAUAAAUAAAAUAAAACUACAAUCAGUUGCUUUAUUUUUUUAAAUAAUGCGCAUCAAUGAUCUAGAGGUCCGUAAAAAGUAGCGCAAUGGAACGUGUUCUGUGAGAACUGGCCUUGAAAACAAUACACUGAAUGAGCAUCUUGACUGUAUUAUUUUUUUUAUGUGUAAUUCACUACACGAAUGACAGAAGAAUGGGUAGUUUGAUGGAGAGAAAUAACAGUACACGAGCACUAGAGUCAGUUUAAAAUGAAAAAAGAAUGAAAUGUAUUCUAGCACCAUUAAAGCACUUACCUAAUGACUUCAAACCUUAUGUACCUCUUAUGUUCUGUAAACUCUUUUUGUCAUAAUGCAUUUGUCACACAUGCAUUUAAGUACCGUGUGUUUAGGUUUUGUACUUUUGAUGAAAAGACAUUUUGUGUGUCAUUUCUUCAAUUUUUUUUUAAUGUAAUGCUGACUUCUGACAGUGAGAUCCUGCACUUCUGUUCUUAAUAUUGCAAUGACAGUACAUGUUCAAUGUAGAAUAAAAUCAAAAUUUUUAUAACUAAA